AUGGCUGAAGAUUCAGAGCUAUGUGAUGUUAUCUGUGACGGACCCUUUGUUCCCACCAAGAAUCUUGGCGACCCAGCUGUAUCCAUUCCCAAGACGAGGAAGGAAUUCAAUGACGCUGAUAGAAAGGCCAUAGAAAAGAACUUUCGUGCAAAGCAAAUUCUUGUUUGUAGCAUUGGUCUUGAUGAAUAUAACAGGAUAUCGGCAUGCCAAUCAGCAAAAGAAAUCUGGGAGGCUCUUCAUACAGCUCACAAAGGAACAACACGGGUUAAGCAAUCCAAGAUCGACAUGCUCAUAAUUGAAUACGAGCUCUUCAGGAUGAAAGAUGAUGAAUCCAUCCAAGAAUUGCAUACUCGCUUCACAUCCAUCAUUAAUGAGCUUCACUCUCUUGGUGAAACUAUUCCAAGAAACAAGUUUGUCAAGAAAAUCCUUAGUGUACUGCCCAGUUCUUGGGAAAGCAAAGUGAACGCCAUUACAGAGGCGAAGGACUUGCAGAUACUGACCAUAGAUGAACUUGUUG